UUUUUAGAUAUGCUGCAUUCUACCAAACAAGCGCUGCCAUACGUUAGGUAGCUUCAAAUAUUAUCUAGGACUUUCUUUCCGUUGCUCAAGUUAACAUGAUUGGUCUUAGAAAACUGGCACUUCUAAGCUUCAUCAUAUCCAUCUUUGUUUCAGCACAUCCACUUGCAUCACGAGAGGAAAAUGAGCCCGAGCCGAAUGUUGGGCGGUAUAUUGUCACUCUUCGAGAUGGAUUGGGCGCGACUGCCGUAGAGGAGCAUAUACGACGAGCGACUAAUAUGCAUGCCCUCGACAACUCGCCCGCGGUAGAAAUUGGGAGGCGAUGGAACAUUGGAUCUUGGAACGCAUAUUCGUGCACAAUGGACAGCGAUGUCCGCACUCAGAUCGGAAGCGAUAAUGUCGUUGAGAUGAUCGAGCCGGACGGCGAAAUAAAUCUGAUGAAGCAUGUAGUACAACAGGACGCCUCCUGGGGCCUGGCUGACCUUUCUCAUCGGGUUCCAAACAACUCGGAUUAUAUUUACGACUCGAGAGCCGGCGAAGGCACGUACGCGUACGUCCUCGACACCGGGCUGCUGAAUACGCACGAGGAAUUUGAAAAUCGUGCCUCUCUGGGUCACAACGUGGUGGGUGGGAUAUUCGCGGAUGAAGUUGGCCAUGGGACACACGUGGCAGGUACAAUCGCCGACAAGACUUACGGUGUCGCCAAAAAGGCAAAAGUUAUUUCGGUUAAAAUCUUCGCAAACGCCGCGUCCCAUACUUCGGAUCUUCUCGAGGGGAUCCAUUGGGCCGUCCAGGACAUCAUCACGAAGAAACGCCAGAAUUCGUCCGUCAUCAAUAUCAGCGCGGUUGGGUAUCUCAGAGAAUCUGUUAAUCGAGCGGUAGAGGAAGCAUAUAAGCGAGGCGUGUUGAUCGUGGUAGCUGCUGGUAAUUACAAUCAGGAUGCUCGAAACUACUCACCAGCAUCCGCCUCGGCGGCCAUAACCGUUGGUUCCGUUGGAAGGGACCACACGCGUUCCCAUUUCAGCGACUGGGGUGAACUAGUCGACAUCUUCGCGCCAGGCGAACAUAUUCUGUCUGCGUGGAUUCAAACCGACCAAGAUACGGCAUCCCUCAGCGGCACGAGCAUGUCCACACCUCACGUAUCCGGCCUCAUUCUAUAUCUGAAGAGCCUGGUUCCUUACCAGAUGAAAACCCCACGUGACAGUCUCGACGUUCUACGGAGGCUGGCGACGGACGGGGCUGUCAGAGAUCCCCAUGGCUCCAAAAACUUCCUAGCUUAUAACGGAAACGGCGUAGCCAUCUUUACAGGUGAUCUAGCACGGAGCUCAACCAAUAAAUACUGAUUGUAGUCUAUCAAGGCCUUUGGAUGAGCCUUUAAUGCAAGGUCUGACCAUGGAAACCUCAUAGUGGUAUAGGAAUGGCUCGGCUUCAACUACUUCCAGUGUUCCAUCUAGAAAUCAGUCCUAGCAUCCUUGAGUAGUCAUAGCACACAUUAGAAUAUAGUCUUGCCAAUGUAGGAUAGCCUGAAAUGGCCCAUUAUACUUGCUUCUCACAGUAUUUGAUAUGUUGUGUACCCAGCUAGUGGCUUGUAUUCUAUCUCACGGUUUUCCCAUAGGCUUGGCUUAGGUACGCAAAUUGUGUAAACUGGUGAGGGAAAUCUGGUACUCGAGUUUUCUUUCUCGGAGAGUCUCAGUUAUGACUCGCUUUGGUAUCUUUAUUACUGCAUGAAAUCGAUCGAUAGGUAUAAUCUAAUCCGCUAUGCGAAGUUUCUCGAUUUUACAACAUCUUUAUAUACGGGUUAAUAACCACAAUCCUCCUACAUCCCAA